GCUGGGCCCGGGGGCCGCGGGCAGCGUCGCCGAGGCCGGGCUCGGACCUGGGUUGGAGGUGCUCUGGGCGCCAGAUCCUCCCCUCUUCCCAGCGCUUCCCCUGCGGCCUCCCGAUCCCUUCUAGAGGGUUCUGGCCUUUGGACAGCAGGCCAGGGACCCUGGAUCUGAGCAAGGGGUCUGACAGGGAAAAUCCUCCGGUGGAGGACCACCGGCUGCUAGAGGAGCCCCGGGCCAACUUCCUGCCGUCCGUCCUGCCCACCUCCUGCAGCCUUCCUGAAGAGCCAGUGCCAGCCGAGGGGGCAUCAUGAGUGUGGGCUUCAUUGGAGCUGGGCAGCUGGCCUUUGCCCUGGCUAAGGGCUUCACUGCGGCAGGUGUCCUGGCUGCACACAAGAUAAUGGCCAGUUCCCCAGACAUGGACCUCACCACUGUUUCUGCCCUCAGGAAGAUGGGGGUGAGCCUCACACCUCACAACAAGGAGACGGUGCGGCACAGCGACGUGCUCUUCCUGGCUGUGAAGCCCCACAUCAUCCCCUUCAUUCUGGAUGAGAUUGGCGCUGACAUCGAGGACAGGCACAUCGUGGUGUCCUGUGCGGCCGGCGUCACCAUCAGCUCCAUUGAGAAGAAGUUGACGGCAUUUCGGCCGGCCCCCAAAGUCAUCCGUUGCAUGACCAACACCCCGGUUGUGGUGCGGGAAGGGGUCACCGUGUACGCCACUGGCACGCACGCCCAGGUGGAGGACGGCAGACUGGUGGAGCAGCUCUUAUGCAGUGUGGGCUUCUGCACCGAGGUGGAGGAGGAUCUGAUCGAUGCCGUCACGGGGCUCAGUGGAAGUGGCCCCGCCUAUGCGUUCACAGCGCUGGACGCUCUGGCCGACGGCGGUGUGAAGAUGGGACUGCCAAGGCGCCUGGCAGUGCGUCUCGGGGCCCAGGCCCUUCUGGGAGCCGCCAAAAUGCUCUUGGACUCAGAACAGCAUCCAGGGCAGCUCAAGGACAAUGUCUGCUCUCCGGGCGGGGCCACCAUCCACGCCUUGCACGUGCUGGAGAGUGGGGGCUUCCGCUCCCUGCUCAUCAAUGCUGUGGAGGCCUCCUGCACCCGCACCAGGGAGCUGCAGACCAUGGCUGACCAGGAGACUGUCUCCCCUGCCGCCAUCAAGAAGACAGUUCUGAACAAGGUGAAGAUGGAGUCCUCCCCAGGAGUGUCUGUGUCCUCUCCGGGUUGCACCAAGCCCCUGCCCUGCAGCCUGGCUCCAGCAGCCAAGGACUGAUGGCAUCCUGACCACCCACUACUCUUUCUGGCAGUCCCGGGGUCUGAACUCCGAGCCUCAUUCUUACCUGGCAAGUGCUCCACCACCUGCUUCCAAUCCUGUUUUAUUAUUAUUAUUUCUGUUCUGGAGCUUGAACUCGGGGCGCUGUCCCUGAAUUCUUUGACUCAGAGCUUAACACUCUACACCCUGAGCCACAGCGCCACUUCCAGUUUUCUGUUGGUUAAUUGGAGAUAGAGUCUCAGGGAUUUUCCU